CGGUCCACUUCCUGCUGGACGGCGUGAAAUCAAUAACCUGCAGCAGUUUAUACUCAAAGAGGAAGGGACAUGAAACUGAGGACCUGACAGCUAAGUAGAUGUCCUGCUGGAUGAAUCCCAGACAACCAAAUGUUGGAGUUGACAUUUUCCACAACUAUUCAAACAGAAGAGAAAGCAGGCAGUUAAUUAUCAAUUAAAUUUGCUUCCUGGACUGACAAGAGGAGGAGCAAACAUGGUGCACGUCUACAACUGCCAUCCAUUCUCCUCACAACAGAUAGUCCAGGUGGAGCAGGAGCCUGGACUGGUCUGUUGUGGAGGUGGAGCUUUGUUUGUGGUGGCUACUGGAGGAUGCAAGGUGGAGGCAUACAGCGUUGUGCAGGAGGGCUGCCCUCUUAUCUGCCGCUUUGCCACCAUGGGCACCGUGAGGAGCAUCCAGCACAGCAAGAUAGGAGAUUACCUGGUGACCAUCGAAGAAAAGAACAACGCCACCUACCUGAGAGCCUACACCAACUGGCGCUACCAGGCAGAGGAGAAGGCCCGUGUUGGGGUGCGUUUGCUGGGACACCUGCUGCGUGGGGCAUCAGUACGAGGUGGCCUGCAGAUGGAGAUCAUUGAGAUCCCUCUGUCAGAGCGUCCUGUUGCUGUGGCGUGCUGCUCGGUAACUGGAGACCUGCUGGUUGGCUGUGAGAACACUCUGGUUCUGUUCACUUUGAGGAGGCAGAACCAGCAGAGCCUGCAGAAUCAGAGUCAGCAGAUUGUUCAGAGCACCUGGCCAAACGCCCAGCAGAGCUCCAGUCAGAAUCAAGGUCAGACCUCAACUUCAAACCAGACGAUUUCCAUCCUGGAUUUUGAGCGCUCAGUUAUCCUGCAUCUUCCAAUAAUCAAGCCUAAACAGGUGUCACUGUGUGCUGGAUAUGUGGCAGUGAGGACGGAGCUGGAGGUUCUGGUCCUGAAACUGGAUGCAUCCUCAGAAACUCAAACACUGGAAGAAUCUGCAGAAACGGCUGAACCUCCAGAAGACCAGGCUGACUUUCUGGUCUUGUCGAUACAUCAGGAGCUGCUCGGUGAUCGAGCUAAAGACUGCGACAUUCCUGUCAGCAUUGAGAAGACCGGGCUGGAGGACAGAGGACAGUAUACACUAACAUAUGUUCUCUUCAGGCGUUUUAGUCCAGACUACUUCCAGGGCUGCAGUGAGGAUGAGACUCACCUCCACUCCUUACAGCUCUACCCACUCUUUACAAGUAACCAGACUGCGUCUCUGGAGGAACCAGCCUGUGUGUUCUGCUUCUUUUCUCUCCCAUCUGCCGGCUACCUGUACACUCUAAAGGGUGGUGUUGAGCUUCUCUCGGCCUAUCAGUAUCCAGAAAAGGUCCUGGAGGCGGUGCUUACAGACCACCUGUUGCAUGUUAUCACAAAAAAUGCAUUGCAGUGUUUCACAGUGCGCUUGGCUGCAGUGGCGGCCAGGAUUGAUGACCCUUACAUCGAUACCACUAUGAAGGCCUGCCCACCCUGCAACCUAGAGGUGUGUGCUCUCAGGAUGCAGCUGUUUAUCGGUUUGCGGUCAAUUUGUGUUUACCGCCGCCACGUUAUCCUGCUCUCCACGGCUGAUGCAGAGACUCCAGAGGAGACUGAACGCAACGCACAGCGCAGAGGCCUCGAGUUGAAAGAGCACAACAUGCUGACUGGUAUUUUCCUGGCGGUGGGAAUCGAUCCCGCAACCACGCCAGCACUGGAGAGCCUUCUAUCACGCCCCUUCCUCAGCAGGAAGUGGGCAUUGUCUUCUUCUAAAGGAGUCAGCACAUCAGGACACGGAUGGAACAUCUACGUGGUCGACACCGUGUCCCCGCUCUCGCUUUACCAAGAGAUGGUUGAAUACAGUCAGCGCUAUGCAGAGACAAACCCACUGGCCCAGAGCCUUCGACACCUUCUCAGUGAAGCUCAUCUCCUCCUCCGCGCCUCCUUACUGGAAACAUCAGAGCAGCUCCAGGACAGUGAGGACUACCUGGUGGUGUCUCUGCAGAAAGACGGACCGGCUGAGAGACCGACGACUUCCCAGGCGGACACUCAAGAGCUGGAGGAGGCAUUGAGGCAAAACUGCGCUCAGCUAGGAGAUUGUUUCAGCAGGGGCAGUCAGACAGAUUGUCAUCUGGCUUUACCAUACUACAGGAUGUCAGGUCUGCCUGUCACAGAGGUCAUCGCCAGGAACCGCCCACUUCCCAGUAGCCCUCACUUGUAUGGCCCUGGCUUCCUGUUUUACCUGAAACAUUACCUGUUAGAGGAAACAGAGCAGAGCCUCUGUCAGGAAGCAGCUGAUGAGGUCAUAGACAUUUUCAGCCAGUCAGAGCCCUCACAGCUCGUCGGUGUGUGUGCUAGCCCGGCCAUGAUAAACAUCAGUCCUGCUCGGACGCUGCGAAUCUUACAAAACCUGGAGGACACCGCCGGGGUGUCGGUCCCUCUCACGAUCAUGAUGGCAACCAUGAUGCUGCUCAUGGACGACUUGGCGCAGUACACACAGCUGAUGGAGAGACACGCAGAGAUGCUUUUGGUGUACGGUUUCAUUGAGGAGCCGAGGAUGUUGAUUCAUGGUGGCGGUGGAGGCCAGAACACUCACAUCCGACCCACAGCUUUGAUUCAUCAGCUUGCUAAGUCACAUCCAGGGCUGCUGGUGGCUGCUUUAGUGGCUCUACAUGAAAACAGCAAACUUCAGCUGGAACAGGCGGAUCAAAUAUUUACGGAGCUGGGCUGUGAGAACUGCUUACAAGUGGAUUUCUGGGAGGGGAUGCUCAUGGCGUCUUCACAGGAAGCUGUCAUCCAGGAGCUUCUCUUCAGACUGGCAUCUGUGUACAUCGACCGACUCACAAAUGCACAGUUGGAACCUCACCAGGAAAAUGUACACAAGUUUUCAAGACGAAAGCCGCUGAAGAGUGCUGAUGAUCUGAUCAAUUCAUGUUCCCAUUUCGGUGCUCUAUAUCCAUGGCUCACCAUUCUGAAUCCUGUUCACACUACUAGCUUUCAGCAUCAGGAGGCGCUUCAUAAACUACAGUCUCUCCUGUGUGGUCCGUCCCUCUCUGUCGGCUCCGUCGUUCCUCUGUUGGAGCGUCUGUCAGAGGAAACCCUGUGGGGCUUUAGCCUGCAUCUCCUCUGUGCCACCAGAAGGGGGCAGUAUGGCAACAGCAUAGAAAAGCUGCUGGACCGAUGUCCUCAGGCCAUCAUAGCGUACGCCAAUCACCAGUUACAAGACAAGAAUAUGGCGUUGUGGUGGCAGAAGCUUCUCCCAGAGCUUUGUAACAGAACAAGAGCUUCUUUAGACAACAGCAUUUUACUGGCUGCUCUCAAAGAGACACUUGUUGUGGUCGCCAUGGAGACGAGCCCUGCUGAGUUUCUGGAGCUGAUACCAGAUGACGGUACCGCCUCCUACUUCCUGCCUCACCUGUUGACAUGCAGCCAGAGGCACCUGCUGGCCUGAUGAAUGUAAACAUGCACACACACUAAAGCCUACAGAUCAAUGAACCACAUUAACUACACGGUUAACCAAACAACAUCAUUUAAUAAAUGAUUUUGCAAUACAAAACAUCUGUGCAAAAAUGUUCAGAAAAUACAAAGACAAGGUCUCUCUUGGUCUAAAGGAUGGGUGUGUAAACCUCCUGUUAUGGUUACACUGUUACUGAAAUAUACAUUUGUGUUUUUGUUUUAGUAAAAUUAAUCUUAAGGAAACAAAAAUGGCACAAUAGUGUUUUUUUUAAUAAAAUAUCCAGACUCAGUAAAGA